UUCACCAUCGCUAACAGCAGGGCGGUGUCUGUUUCAUUUCAGGUUUCAUUUGACUUUAAAUGGUCGACGUUUUGCCAAGAAAGCGAUCUUCAAAUCUGGAAUAAAAAGGACUGGAAGUGCUCAGAAUGUCAGAAAAAGGCUCCAACUAUGAUGUGAAGAAUGACAUGGAAGGAGACAGAAGAGCGAGAGAUCCGGAUCAUGACUCGAAGAUGUCAGACGAGCACCACGACACUGACGACUCAUCAGAGAAAACACCCAGUAGGGUUUCCAGAUCCCCGCAGAAGUCCUCCAAAAAACCAAAGACAGUGCCUGUAAAAGUCACGCUGCUAGACGGAACCAACUUUGAAACUGGUGUGGAGAAAAACUGUAAAGGCCAAGUUCUAAUGAACAUGGUCUGUGAUCAACUGAACCUGCUGGAAAAGGACUACUUCGGCCUGACCUUCUCAGAUUUGGACAACCUAAAGAACUGGCUGGACCCAUCAAAAGAGAUCAAGAAGCAAAUCCGAGUAGGCCCCUGGCAGUUUUCAUUUGCUGUCAAAUUCUAUCCUCCUGAUCCCUCUCAGCUUAUAGAAGACAUCACACGGUAUUAUCUCUGUCUUCAGCUGAGGGAGGACAUGCUGUCGGGGCGCUUACCUUGCUCGUUUGUCACACAUGCUCUGCUGGGCUCCUACAUAGUACAGGCUGAGCUGGGUGAUUAUGAUCCAGAUGAGCACGGGCUUGACUAUGUCAGCGAAUUCCGCUUCGCUCCCAGUCAGACUCGGGAGCUGGAGGAAAGGGUGAUGGAGCUCCACCGCACCUACAGGGGUAUGAGUCCUGCAGAAGCUGAGAUCAACUUUUUGGAGAAUGCUAAAAAGCUCUCUAUGUAUGGGGUUGAUCUCCAUCAUGCUAAGGAUUCUGAGGGUAUUGAUAUAAUGUUAGGUGUUUGUGCCAGUGGCCUUUUGAUCUACAGAGACCGUUUGCGCAUAAACCGUUUUGCCUGGCCCAAAAUCCUCAAAAUCUCCUACAAAAGAAGCAACUUUUACAUCAAAAUCCGCCCUGGAGAGGUAGAGAAAAAGUAUGAACAGUUUGAGAGCACCAUUGGCUUCAAGCUGCCCAACCACCGAGCCUCCAAGCGCUUGUGGAAGGUCUGCAUUGAACACCACACCUUUUUCAGGUUGGUUUCCCCUGAACCACCACCCAAAGGCUUUUUGGUGAUUGGCUCGAAGUUUCGCUACAGUGGCCGUACUCAGGCUCAGACUCGCCAGGCAAGUGCGCUGAUUGACAGGCCAGCUCCUCAGUUUGAGCGAUCGAUUAGCCGGAGGUACCUGCUCUCACACAGUCUAGAUGGAGCCUCUGCUCUAGGAGAUACAAUGGACAGAAUCUCCCAGCACACCUCUAGUGAACCUGCAGCCAGUCUAAGAGAUGAUUUUGACCAAGACUACACAGAGCCCAGUCAGGACCAGGAUCUGGACCCAGAACAGGUCAGAACUGUAUAUAAGGGACAAGAUGGAACUUUAAAGCCAAUGGAACUGAAGAGGGAGGAGCCAGGCUCUCCCAUAGACUCUAAGGCAGAGUUGGACCAGGACUUGGCCCUUCGUCCCAAACAGGAGCCGUUCCUCGAUAAACCAGAAGACGUACUGCAAAAACAUCAGGCAAGUAUCAAUGAACUGAAGCGAGCACUAAGAGAACCCAACAGCAAGCUUGUCCAUCGAGAGAAACGUCUAUCUGGAGCUUCAUCUGGCAGCACUCCAGAGAAGAAACCUGCCUCUGAAGAGCCCAUAUUUAUUGAGAAGCAAGACGGUGGUCAAAGAGAGCUAAGCCUUAAUUCAGCAGAGGAAAUGAAAAAGAGCACUGCUAGACUAGAUCUAUCACUUAUCCAACAUGAAAAAGAGGAAGUGAUAUGUGGAAAAAUCUAUACGACUCAUAAUGGUGACACAUUAGAAAGCCACAACAGGAAAGCGAAUAAGGAUUCCAUGGCUUCAGUGGAGAAGCCUAAACAAACGAAAAAUUCUGCAUUAAAGAACAAACAUAUUAAAGAUCCACAGUUUGUUAAAAAGAAUAAAAAUGACAGUGCACACUUAAACAGCGUUCAUGCAAAUGGCUUUGAUGAAUAUCCAACAGAGACUGUUUGGACCGAAAGGAAAUAUGUUGGGAUAAUCCAUUCAGAAGAUAGCAAGAGCUCAGAUUUUUGGAACUAUGAGGACAGAAGCUUGGGUGAGACUUCUUUAAAUGCAGGAACAGACCAUGAUAUUAGAGAUCAGUGUGUGGGAAGCAUGUGGCAGAGGCAUUCUAUGGAAAGUACAUCAAACCAGACUGAAGCCACCAUUACAAUCCAAUCUGAUCUCACUAAUAAAAACGACAAGGCUAUUAUAAGGAGUGAUUCUGUUCAGAGCGAUAACGCUCAACCUGAGGUGAAGCGAAUUGUUCCACUAAAGCCUGAGAGGUCCAAGAAAUUGAAAGAAAAACAUGGAGUCAAACCUCAAGACAAGACUGAGAGGACACGUUCAGUGGAUGAGCUAACUGGAGGUGACAGGAUACCGGUACAAAUAAGUAGACCUGAAUCUGAAAUUAAAAAAAUUGACUUGGGUGCUAAUGGCCAUGGAAGAGAAACCAGACCACACAACCAGCCCUCACCUCAAGACAGUGUUUAUCAGAGACUUGGUCCUGAAUUUGACCAGCUGUACUAUGAAGAUUCUUCCCCACUGUCUGAUUCCCCAUCACCCUCAACAUUUUCCUGCUUUGACCAAACAGCUCUCCUGUAUCCUCAUGUAAAAUCUCAGAAAUCAAGAGAAUCUCGACCCAAACAAUCUCCCACAGACUCCAGCCACAGCCUCCUCAAGAGCUCCGGCUUAGAAACGGCUAAAAGGAAACCAUUGGACCCCCUUCCCACCCCAGCAAUUCAUGCGGAACCUCAGGAAGAAGUUCAGAAAGAGCCUUGGGAACGACGUCUGGGAUCAGUGUCUGAAGAUGAUCCAGACCCAGAAUCAAUGUAUCUCAAAGAAACUCACUUAGGAAUUGAACGGAAAUGCUCCAGCAUCACCGUCAGCUCCACUUCCAGUUUGGAAGCUGAGGUGGACUUCACCGUCCUCAUGGACCUUCAGACCGGGAUGGAGGAGUUCUCCAGAGGUAUGGUGGAACUUGGAGAAAAGGAUUUCUCGCCAGAACUUACAGACCGGCCGGCUCAUCCAGCCUUCAUGCUAGGAUCUGAGCCAUUCAUCCUUUCAGAGCAGAAACCUGUAGAAGUAUUAAGGCCUUUUGAGGAAUCAAAGCCCAUCGUAGAGAAGAAGUCUGUGGAUCAGCGUAAACCUGAGCCAUUUGUGCCAAAAAAAGCUCCACGGUCUGUAAAAGCUGCUCAGGCUUUGAAAAAGGAAUCUGCAGAGCUAGCCAGUAUUCAUUCAGGAAAGCAAGAUGGAUCGGAUGCAGCAUCCUUACCUCCUUAUAGCAGAGAGAGCAGUGAAAUCCUUGCCUCUCAGGCUUUGCGGAAAACUGAAGUCAAGAUUGAGACACAACCAAAUGGGUCAGAGGUCACCACAACCAUUAUGGAGAUAGAAAACCAGGGUCAUGGUAUGAGUGGUUUACAUGAAGCUGCUUUCACGAUGACAGAAAGGAUCUCUCCUGUGAGCUUUGCCUCUUUAGGAAGAGAGGGUUCUGGGUCUCCUCUCAUUGUAACAGAGAAUGUGACAUCAGCCACCACCACACAUGUCACCAAAACAGUAAAAGGUGGAUACUCAGAGACACGCAUUGAGAAGAGGAUUAUCAUUACUGGAGAUGAUGAUGUUGACCAGGAUCAAGCACUCGCUAUGGCAAUACAAGAAGCCAAGCAGCAGCAUCCUGACAUGUUGGUAACCAAGGCUGUAGUUGUUAGGGAAACAGAAUCUUCCACACAAGAUCCACACGAGCAAUUCAAGUCCUGAUCUCUUUGGCUGGCAGAACUGUACAGGAGAAGCCCUGUAUAUUUCCUCACCAUCCACAAAUGUGGAUGUAAACAGGUGUACAUACUCUCCGUCAGACUUCAGAAGACACCAAUGCAUCCAUCCAUCCAUCCAUACGCUUUUA